AUGACUUCCUCAGUGAUGAACAGUCCAGGAGACGCAAAAGGUUCCUCCACAGUCCUUUGCUCCCAGUUCCUGUCGCUACGGCUCGACGAGCGUUUGCAGUUCCUUUCUUGGUUGUUUGAAGGUGCUUUGGCGAGUUGCAUGCCCGACUUAGCGCCUGCAAUAUGGGGAGAUGAGAAUGUGCGGUCAGCCGGUCGCUUGGGCCCACACAAAUUCAGAAAAACUCAGCAGAGGUGUUUUCCAGAAAGGACGGAAUCGGUCCUGCGCCAGCGGGUGUCUACACUUCGGAAACAAGAGAGGGGAAUGCGUACAGCCGAACCCGCCGGUGUCCCAGCAGCAUCUGCAACCCCGGGGGGUGAGGGUACGGUAGCCUUGAUUGGCAGUGUCCUUAUGGGCCAACCCACAGCUCGCCACAGCCGAAUGAUACCUACCCUCUUGUCCCCCCAUGGUGAUCCGCUUGCGACAGCUGCGGAAGGGACGUCACUGCUGCAUGAGUUCUAUUUUCAGAUUUCAUCCUCGGAUAUUGUUGGCUGGCUGCGCCGUGCUUCAAUGCCUGGAGGGAGCAUCCUGAGGCGAGCACCCUGUGACUGCCCCCCAUUUCUUGGUAUACACAGAGGGCUCCCUUCGCCUCCAGAUCCAUCGUUCUUCUCACUCUGA